CCUCCUCCUCGGCGUUCCCACGCCCACUCGGCGGGCUCUCGACCUCCACGUCAGGGCCGCGCCGCGGAGAUGGCGGCUCAGAAGAUAAACGAGGGGCUGGAACAUCUGGCCAAAGCAGAGAAAUACCUGAAAACUGGUUUUUUGAAAUGGAAGCCGGAUUAUGACAGCGCCGCUUCUGAGUAUGGAAAAGCAGCUGUUGCUUUUAAGAAUGCCAAACAGUUUGAGCAAGCAAAAGACGCCUGCCUGAAGGAAGCUGUGGCCCAUGAGAACAACAGGGCCCUUUUUCACGCUGCCAAAGCAUACGAGCAAGCUGGCAUGAUGCUGAAGGAGAUGCAGAAGCUCCCAGAGGCUGUUCAGCUGAUCGAGAAGGCCAGCAUGAUGUACCUGGAAAACGGCACCCCAGACACGGCCGCCAUGGCCCUGGAGCGGGCCGGGAAGCUGAUAGAGAAUGUAGAUCCAGAAAAGGCUGUGCAGUUAUAUCAGCAGACAGCCAACGUGUUUGAAAAUGAAGAGCGCCUGCGGCAGGCCGUUGAACUCCUGGGAAAAGCCUCUCGGCUGCUGGUGCGCGGGCGCAGGUUUGAUGAGGCGGCACUCUCUAUUCAGAAAGAAAAAAACAUUUACAAGGAAAUUGAGAAUUAUCCAACUUGUUAUAAGGUAUGUUUUCAAAGUGCUUAUGGUGUCCAGGUUUUUGGGGGGCAGAGACCAGGCCCUGGCGCACAGUACGCGAAGCUGGGCCUGAGCCUGGUGGUCCCAGGAGGAGGAGUCAAGAAAAAGGCAGCAGCCCCCCCGCAGGCCAAACCUGAAGGCACUGCUGCCCCUGCCGCCGAGGAUGAGGAGGACGAGUACGCUGGGGGGCUGUGCUAGGCUCGGCCCUGCCGGCAUGACUCACACCCCCGGACUCCGCGGCGGAGUGCGGCUGGACUCAUGGGGUCCUGGCUCUGAUGCUGUAAGACAAUGCUGGUUCCCGGACCACUGCCCUGCCCGCUGCCUGGAAGCAUUUCCUUCCUUCCCCUGACAAGAGCUCUUCUCAGACACCAGCAGGAAUUGACAGAGGAACAUCCCAUCACGUCAUAGUUGAUUUUAAAAUUGGCAAACCCAUUUCUCGACAGACUUGUUCUAAACAAAAGGGGUAACACGCAUGGACAUUCUUUUCUCUCGGGCUCAUGUCAUUUACUGUUAGAGAAGUUGUUUGCAUUUUAUUUCAUAAUUGCUGCUAAAAGUGAAGUUUACUGGUUAAACAAAGUAAUAUUGUAAACAUUUGUUUUCAAAAGGAGAUUUAUGCCCCUUGAUAAUUGGAGACAUUUAAGUUAUUAAACCUUCAGAUGGAGUGUAGGCCAGAGGCUGUUCUGAGCCUUACAACGUUGCUUCUCCCAGAACAAGACGCAGCUGGAGCGUCACGUGGACGCUGAACACUCUGACGGGGGCAUGUCCCAGGGCUCUGUGCACAUCUCCAGUCCUCUCUGGAUCGUGGGCAUUUCCUCCUGAAGCUCAGCGACCGUCUCUUCACCUGCCAGGUUGUUGACCAACCUUAGUCCUGCAGACCUGUCCUGAGGACCCUGGCUCAAUGCAGAGGUGCUCUCUGUAAACCUCCCGCGUGUGGCUGAGAGCAGGACUGGCUGCACAUGUGGGGCGCUGGUGUGUGGUUCCUUCCCGGCCUCUCCUGAUGGGUUGUCUUCAAGGUGUUCUCUGCGUGAGCUCAGCCCUCUCUCCUGGUGGGAAGAAGCCCAGAUGCUGCAGUGCAGCUGAUGCCACUGCCUGGCCUCCUGGGCUCAGGUCUGCUGGCUUCCCGGGAACACGGAGGUGGUAUCAUCUUCACCUUCACGGAGGUGAAGGUCACCCUGGGCUCUGGGAGGGUCCAGGGAGUGUCCUUGUGGGGCGGGUGGGUGGUAGAUGAACUCUUUCUGGAAGGUCUGGGUCAGAACACUAAUGAGCAUCCUCCUCCAGGCCUCCACCCCCCGGCCCUGGCACCCAGGUGGUCUGCGGGCAGUGGCUCUUCCCAGCCCUUGUUUGGGGACACUGGUCUCCGUAGCAUCCGUGCUCAGUGACGCGUUAAUAGUGCACACCUGUCCUUGCUGCUGUGCCCUCCACAUCCAGCCACCCUCCAGGAGUCACCUUGAUGUGCAUUUGAGCUCGUUCACAGCCAUCUCAGCAGAUUUGGCCACACCUAGAAGAUGCUUUCAACCGCGUUGUGUAGACUGUUAUCCAGUGCAGCCUUGGAAGAAAGGCUUCACAUCUACUCUUUUCCUUCAUAUUAAUAGAACAAAAUUGCAUACUGAGCCGGGGGUGUCCUGCAGGGCUUGGGGGCUUGUGGGGCUUGGGGAGUGGGCCUCCCAAUGCAGGGGGCUGGAACCCAGGCAUCCCUGACUAUCCCCACCCCACCCCCACGGGUUACGGCGCGUGCGGGGCAGGUGGCUGUUCCCCUGACAUCAGGGCUUCCUGCCUGGGGCCUGGUGAGAAGUGUCUCCUCUUCCUGCUCACAGAAGCUGUUCUCGGGGGCGCUCAGGAGCAGGGAGUGGUGGUCCCAGCAGGGAAAGGGAUUCUGAGCUCGUGUGGCCCCUUUUCCCGGAGUGGGGUCUGUGUGCGCCUUCCCAGCAAUCCCCAUGCUGUCUUGUGUGAGUGAACCAGUCUGCAGAGUCUAAUAUAUUGAACUUAACUGUACAUAUGCAGAGUGUGGUAUUUGUGUAUGAAACUGCUUUAUUCCUGUUUUUUUCCAGCUUUGAUGAAUGAUAUUAAAUGUUAUGGAAAUGCCGAUUAUUGCUUCUAUGGGAAGAUAAUUACAAAAAUAAAAUCUGAAACCAUGCAA